GCCGGGGUUGGGGCGAUGGAGGAGGAGGAGGAGGAUGGAGGCGGCGGAGGAGGGGAGGCGGGGAGGGAGGCUGCGGCAGGAGGGGGCGGGCGGGGGGGCCGGCCGGGGGGGCCGGCGGGCAUUUGGGACCGGCUGCGGGGCAGGCGGGCGGCGGGCGGCGGCCGGAGCGCGGCCGCGAUGGCGCAGAGAGGGGCGGCGGGAGGAGAGGGGGAACCGGGCACCGGCACCGGGAACGGCACCGGCAGCGGGGAAGGGAACGGGAACGGCACCGGGAAUAGGACCGGGAAUGGGAACGGCAACGGGAACGGGGCCGGGAGCGGGGCCGCCGCGCCCUUCCAGCCCCCCGAGGGCGGCUUCGGCUGGGUCGUGGUCUUCGCCGCCGCUUGGUGCAACGGCUCCAUCUUCGGCAUCCACAACUCCUUCGGGAUCAUCUACACCAUGCUGCAGAGCGACCUGGGCGAGGGCGAGAACGACCCCGCGCUGGAGUUUAAAACAGCAUGGGUCGGCUCCUUGGCCAUGGGCAUGAUUUUCUUCUGCUCUCCCAUCGUGAGCAUCUUCACCGACCGGAUCGGCUGCAGGACCACGGCUGCCUUGGGAGCUGCCAUCGCCUUCAUCGGGCUCCUCUCCAGCUCCUUCACCAAGUCUCUGGAGGUCCGUUACUUCACCUAUGGCAUCCUCUUCGGCUGCGGCAGCUCCUUCGCCUUCCAGCCCUCGCUGGUCAUCCUCGGCCACUACUUCAAGCGCCGCCUUGGCUUGGCCAACGGCAUCGUGGCCGGCAGCAGCUGCCUCAUCUCCGUGCCGCUGCCCUUCUUCCUGAAGAUGGUGGGGAAGGCCAUCGGGCUGGCGCACACUUUCCAAGUCCUCAGUGCCUUAAUGCUCAUCCAGAUAUUCCUGUCCAUGACGUACCGGCCCAUCCUGCCGCCUUCUUGUGACUCUCAGCACGAUGGGCAGGAGAAGCCGGGCAGCCGGAGCCUGCGGCAGCAGUGCUGGUCCCAGAUGCGCAAGUACUUCAACUUGAGGGUUUUCCGGAGAAAGACCUAUCGGAUUUGGGCCUUUGGGAUCGCUACGGCUGUCUUGGGGUAUUUUGUGCCCUACAUGCACCUGGUCAAAUACGUGGAGAAGGAAUUUAAAGAAACCAAAAAGGACUGGAUUCUCCCCGUUUGCCUUGGAGCCAUGUCCGGGCUGGGGCGCUUGGUUUCAGGCCGCAUUGGUGACUGCAUUCCGGGGCUGAAGAAGAUUUACCUGCAGGUGGCAUCCUUCGUGCUGUUCGGCAUCAUGUGCAUGAUGGUCCCGCAGUGCAGAGGGUUCGAGGCCGUCAUCGUCAUCUGCCUCUUCCUCGGCCUCUGCGACGGCUUCUUCACCACCAUCAUGGCCCCCAUCGCCUUUGAGCUGGUGGGGCCCAUGCAGGCGUCGCAGGCCAUCGGGUACCUGAUGGGGCUGAUGGCCGUGCCCAUGACCGCGGGCACGCCGAUAGCAGGAUACUUCAAUGAUUAUUUCGGGAAUUACCACGCGGCCUUUUACUUCGCCGGAGUGCCCCCCAUCGUCGGCGGCUUGGUGCUCUCCGUCGUCCCGCUGGUCCACCAGAGGAUGCUGCAGAAGCAGCGCCUGGAUUCCGGCAAGGACAAGAUGCUGGCCCCCGAGGCGGUGGUGAACGGCGAGCUGCUGCCGGGCUGCCCUGCCUCCGAAGCACACAUCUGACGCGCCGGCACGCGCGAUCGCCACCAGCAUCCUCCACAAGCCCAAGCACAGGCCCUUUUCUAGCCAGACUGUAAUUCUCAGUGAUUGCAGAUGCACUACGUUUGUAAAGGAAAAAGAAAAAGCUCUUCUAGUUGAAGGCGUUUAACUAGCAGAAACGCUUUUUCUUGGGACAGUUUUGAUUUCAAAGUCGCCUUUAUUUUUUUUUUUUCCUCUAACCAUUUUUUCUAAGGAAAACUCUCACCAGGAUUCAAACUUGAUCGACCUCCCGCUCCUUUCCCAGUUUUCUAUACGUCACAACAGAGGUUUACAGCUAAUAAACGUCUUUUUAAACAGGCCACAGCCGGAGCUUGUUGCCCCUUCCAGAGACCCAUCCCCUCCCCUCCCCCUUUGGUGCGCCAGGUCCAGAGGCUGUGCCAGAGCCAGCAGCUCCAGAGGAGGGACACAAAACCAGACUAAUGGCCAGCGAGCCCCGCUUUCAGCUUUUUCUCUCCUCCUUUUCCACCGCCCUCCCCGAGAGCUGUGGCUGUGUGCGCUCACGGGGACAGGAGCAUCCUGCAAAAUCUGCCUUAAAAUCACAGGAGGAGACCCGUCGGUGCCUUGGGCACCUCUCGCCUCCACUCCUGUAUCUGGUGCCUGAGGUCUGGGCCAUCCGGGCAGUCCAAGCAGCAAAACCCUCGGGCUAGAUGGAGAGAUGGAGGCACGCAGGGCCAGGAUUAACUCGGGUGAGAGCAAGGACCGAAGGCAGCUUCCAUCCCGGCUGUGUCAGAUUUUCCUCCCCAUCACCCACCGUUAGAAACGAGAGCCUUGUACAUAGCUCCGCACCCCGCAUGCCCCUCUGACCCUUCUGUUUUUUUAAUCUGUGCUGGCUAACGCAUUGUAAGGUCUCGUGGUCUGUGCUUCUCUUACUUCUGUCCCUGUAUGAGCUGGAGAAUAUACUGGUGUGUUGUGAGGUGUCUGUUCAACCUGCCCUUCCUUCAGCACGCAUUCCCAGGACGUCUCCUACCUGUUCUUUCCCACAGGGCAUCCCUGCCACAUCUCUGCUGCCCUGCCCAUAUUUUAGGAAGCCCACAUACGUGUGCCAGCAGGAUCCAAGGUGCCCGUGGCACCCAGCAGCCUUGGGACCCUGGGUCCCCCGAUGCUCCUCUGCAGGCAGCUGGAGGAAGGCAGCCACUGCCUUGUGGCUCCUUGUGCAAGCCUGGGGGUCUGCAGUCACAGCUGAAGCCGAUGAAGCUCUUCAAAUAGUAUUUUUGACCUUAGUGCCCUAUGAGGACGGCUUAUGGGGGGGGUUAAAUGAAAGAAAUAUCUUCUGCAGCCCAGCCAUAGGAGAAGCGCUGCCCCAAACCCAGCCCAUGCCCAUGCUGCUAGGCAGAGCCCCCGGUGACUGCACCCACUGGGUGAAUGGUUUCACAGCCAACUCUGUGGCUGUAAAACCUCUCGAGCUCAUAAAGCGAUUUAACAGCUUAAAUCCCCACAUUUUGCUGAUUUCCACCUGCCCUAAACCCUCAGCCUGCCCACAAAGGUCUCUGCCCUGGGAGGAGCCUGCGCUCGGGGCCGUGGGGGCUUGGUGCUGCACCGCUGGAUCAGCCAGAAGCCAGGAGGGGCAGAGGUGCCUACAGAGCCCUGACACCCCCAAAAUUUCCACGUUUUUUGUUAGUUAGUUCGUUUGUUUUCCCCCGGAGGAGCCUCUUAUCACUGAGGGCACUUAGAGGUGCGUUCAUGGGCUGCCCAGGUUUGGUGGAAGGAGUACAGCCCACAUCACAGACCAAAGCCCCUUAAUAGCCUCCCAAAACUGCUGGCAUCGUUGUUGUCUGGUCAAGGUCAUGCUCUUGGUCAACACAAGCCCUUGGCCAACAGCACGCCAGCCUCUGCCACAGGAAAGGCGAUGCAAGGCUCACCCCAUGCUCUGCCCGCGUGCGCGGCUGGAAGGGCGAAGGUUGGAGCGGUCACUGGGAGGUGGGCACAGGAGGCCAAGCAGGAAGGCAGGGUUGCAUAGCAAAAAAAAAAAAAAAAAAAAAAAAAGACCUUGUACUCAUUUUUUCUAAUGAAAAAACCCAAGUUUCUCCUGCCGACAGAGGCGGCGGCACGCUUGGCGCUGCGGGCGACCGCGCACCUUAUGUAAGUGCACAUCAAGCGCGGGACGUGCCCCGGCAGCACGGCGCAGGGGCUGGCUGGGGCUGCCUUCCUAAAUCUUUAGCUUCGGGGUGUUCGAAAGAGUUGUUGUCUUUUAAAGACUUGUUGUCUUUUUUUUUCUUUUUUCUUUUUUUUUUUUUUUUUUUUUACGGCCGGGUGAGACGCUGGGUUUAACUCCUCUUGCUCCAGCUGGGACGGAUGCUCCCAUGGCAUCUCAGGUGGCUUCCAGCCUGGCUCUGGGUGGUCACACAGAAGCCACAAGUGCAAAGCAGAGCUGGGAGGACAGAUCCAGCACCACCAUCCCUCCAUUUCUCGCUUCUGCUGCCCCAGCUUUCAUGCACAUCCAUGCCCAGCAUCUUUGUCCAGGGGUUACCUCAGUUAUUUCGGCUUUGGUAAUUCUCACACUGGCACCAUUCACUUCUUGUCAGCUGGCUGUUGGAAAUGAGGAACAUGCCAGAAAGCCCCAGCUCACUUGCCAGCCCCCUGCCCCUUUUGGGCAGCUCUCUGGGGCAUUUUCUUUUCAAUCCCAGCCGCCCUUCGCCCCCCAGGAGCACCAUGUGCCCAACGGGGCCCUCAGCGCCCAGCCAGCUCCCUCCCGCAGAGGCACUGCCCGCGGGUUUGCUGGCCGGGAAGCACAGUGGACUUUGCUCCUGGCCACACCAGGGUUAUCGCUGUGCUUUCGCAUUCUCCCCCUGCACUUUUGUGGUUUAUUACUGCCUUUUUUUUUUUUUUUUUCUCCCCUGCAAAUGUUGCAAUGCCCUUACUGCUUCAAGGACUCGCUGGGCUUCAGGUGCCCCCAUGCCCAUCCUCACCCUCCCCAGGAGAGCAAAACCCAUCCCUGCUGCCACAGCCACCUUCACCAGGGGCACAUUUUGGCAAAAGUGACCCGCAGGACACGGCCUUGGUGUCUGACCUGACGGUGAUGUGGCCCUGCGGCUCCCAGCUUUGCCUGCAGCACCCGAAUCAGUGCUUGGAAAACAAGCUCACCUCUGAACCCAGUGUUUGAAGAAGAUUUGUGCAGCUGGUUAUGUCCUGCCUGCAGCACCCAGGCCUCCUCACGGGAGGCCGUGCCUCUCCUGAGUGCCUCCUCUUUCCCAAACAUCCUUCCCAAAAUCUCCUCCUCACUGCACCUUCCAGCUCUGGCUGCCAAGAGGAGCGCGGCUCUUAGGCGCAUCGUUAGCAGCUAGGCUUAGAGUCCAUUUUAGUAAGGAACGAAGCUUUUUUUCUUGUUCUUUUUUCUUUUCUUUUUUUUUUUUUUUUGUACAUUUUUAGUCACGGUGUGUGAGAUGAUCUGUUUACCAGAGCACAUUUCUGGGUGGCGUCGGUAGGAUGACGUUUGGGAUUUCCAGCGCGCCGCGCGGGUGGCGCUGGGUUUUUGGCAUCCACGUUUCCGAACAGGACACGACUCUUCUCCAGACCUGGGCUUUCCCAGCCUUUCACCCAUCACGGCAGGAGAGAUGACUUCUGGGGGCAAGUAACCCUCCUAAUUCCCUGAAAUCCAGCGGCAUGAAAACCAAACGGAGCCAAAUAUUUGCUUUCGGAUGGGUGGAUGUCUGAGCUGACUCCACGUGAGAGCGCUGGGGUGGAGGCUUGAAUUUCCAUUUAGUUAAUGAACCAGAGGGGGCUGCGGCUGAAAGCAGGCACUUAAUUCAGUGCAGAAAUCAGGCCUGGAGCCGUUGGUGGUUAGGGCCCCAUUUUGGGUUUAAAAAUGAGUAUUUAAAGUCGCUGCUGGAAAGGGUGGAGAAGCCACACCUUGCAGAACUGGCCUCGUAGGAGCUUGUAAGAUGUAGGUGAAGAAACUGGUAGAAUUGAAUUUUUUUUUUCUUCUUCUUCUUUUGACAUCUGCUCCUUGUAAGCGAUUUAUAUUCCCCUAAAAAUAUUGUAUCUGGAAGUAAAGUAUUUGAAUGUGUGUCUUAACAGUAUGGCUGUCCUUUCAAAAUGUGAAUUUCUGAUCGUUGGUAUACAAAAACAACAUAAAAAUGAACCAACAAAAAAAAAAAAAAAAAACCAACAUAAAACAAACCCAUAUUAGCACAUUUUUGUAAUGACUGUUUAUGAAUGUUGUUCAAAAAAAAAUUGUGUAGAAUAAAACCAGUUUAAAAAGGAA